CUCAGAUACUGGAGCAACAUUGCUCUUUCUAGCUCUCCCAGUUUCAUUAGAUUCAAUGGCGUCGACUUCGAGCUCAGACGACGGCCACUUCGUCAUCCUCGUCUGCAGCAAUCCUGGGGAAGAUCAGCUUGAAACCGAGUCUUCACACGGAGAACUUCUGCUCUCGACCGACGACCUCCGCAGCUGGGAACCGUCCGCCCUGCUCCAUCACCGUACCGUCAGGAUCAAAGCGGACCGCAGGAGGUUGAUUGAAGAGUCUUCUUACUUCGAUGGUUUGCUCGGUGGGAGCUUCAGCGAGUCACGUCAGGGGCACAUCUCGAUCGAGUGGAGCCUGGAGAGCUUCAUUGGUGCUCUUAAAUAUGUUUUCGGUUGUCCUUUGGACAUUUCAGCAAAGACUUUGCUUCCUCUUCUCGAGGGUUCCCUUUAUUUUGGCAUUUGGGCGCUACUGGCAAAGUGUGAAAACUGGUGUUCUGAGGUAGCUUCAUCCAAGGAGACUGGACUACAUCAGAUGCAGUUAGAUGAUCUGAUUCGUAUAUGGAAGUUCUGUUCACAGCAUGCACUUCAUUUUCUUGGGGAGAUAUUUUCAAGUUGUCUUGCCAGAAAUUUUAUGUAUGCAGCAUCUAGCCAAUACUUUGUUGAUAUACCAUACACAAUGUUAGUUUCCUGUUUAGAGCACCCUCAGCUGACAUUGGACAGUGAGAUGCAUCUUGCUGAAGCACUCUUGGUUUGGAUCGAUUAUAAUCUGAGACAAGUGGAGCAUGCAGGAGGGUAUGAAUAUGAAGUCACUGAUGUUUUGAAGCAUAUCCGUGUUAGUUUAUUGCCAUUGUCAUUUGCUGCAGGGAAAAGAAGAUCCGGCUAUUUCUCUGAUCUUGCAGAUAAAUGCAUUCAAUCAAUACGCAGUUUGAAGAAUCCUUCUGUUGUCUUGAAAGAUUUACUUAGAAAUGGUGACUCCAGCCAUCUUAGGCUUCGUUUGACAGAAUAUACCGAGAUGGUGGACCUUUCUGGUUGUCCUCAGAUGACGUCUACGAUUUUGCUUUUGUCCAUGCUUCCUUAUUCAUAUAGUAUGGACCCUUUGUUGAGGAACAGCCUUAGAGAGUCUCUGCUCAAACUUGAAGGAGUUGAUAAAGAUCGUUCGUUAGUUUCCCAGCAAGUCCUGCCAGUUCUGUGUUUUGAAGCAGUUCAGAAGGUGGAUAUAUCCAAAUGUCUGGGCCUAAAUAUCAUAGCUGCCAUGGAGUGCUUCAGCAAGUCGUUUCCAUCUUUGAGAGUACUAAAGGCAGCUUAUCUAUCAAACUUGAAGGCGUCUGAUUUACUUCAAUUACUGAAAAAGUGCCCUUUGCUAAGUGAAGUCGACUUAACUCAUGAUAUUAAUCCUAUUCCACUGGCCCAAGUUUCAGAUACAUGUCCAAGUUCAGCCAUAAAUCCAACUCCCUUAAACAAUAUCAGCAAUUUUAGAUAUGGAUACUUGGACAUGACAUCUCUAAAUCAUUCAAGAUUCUUGGCAUCAACUAUUGCAAGACUCACAUUAGAAGGCAGAAGUGAUGUCUGUGAUUCUGAUCUCCUCUACAUUGCAACAAAUUGCGUUUCCUUGUGCUACCUAAACCUUAAAGGAUGCACCUCUGUGACAGAUACUGCCAUAUCCGAUCUCUUGCUUAGAUCUCUGAACCUUCAUUCGCUCAUAGUAUCUGAUACUAGUUUUGGAAAUAAAUCCGUUGUAACCCUAUGCUCUGGUGGUCGUGAGAUGGCUGGAACAUUACCUUAUCCACCUUCUGGAAAGGAGAAUUCUGAUUUGUUGGCUCAUCAACUUCAAAUAUUUCAUAUGGGUGGCUGCAAGGGUGUUGACCCAACAUUUCUGUUGCAACUUGUGUCUUGUAUAAAGUCUGUGAAGAGUCUUUGCUUGAGGGACACUCAGCUUGAUGACCACGCGCUUUCUGGUUUCCCAGGUUCUUCCUUGGAUUUGCUUGACGUAUCGAAUACUAUGAUUUCUCAGUCCCAUUUGGUUUGCGUAAUUCGUAAAAAUCCUGGUUUGAAGAUUUUGAAGGCAAGGGGCUGUAAAAAUAUUGUGCAAGCAGAUGGUAACUGUGAGAGGAAAUUAGUUCCUCCAUCAUUACAUUGUGGGGAAAUGUAUUUUGGUUUGGGUAAUUCAUGCAAAUUGAAAGAACUCUCCCUUGGCUGGGGCUUUUCUAGCUCAGCACUAGUAGCUCUGAAACCUGCAAUAACUGCACUAAGUUCAUUAACUGUGGGCUUGGGAGGAUCUCUCGGAGAAGAUGCACUUAGACUUCUGCCAACUAUUUGUCCAAUGCUCGAGUCUCUGACUCUUUACUUUCAGGUUCUGUCAGAUGGGAUUAUGUCAGAUAUCAGAACAUCUUUGAGGCAUUUGAAAGUUUUGGAACUGUGCUAUUGUUUGGGGGACAUAUCAAUAUUGAGUUUCAAGUUUUUGAUGCCACAAUUGAGGAAGUUGAGGCUUCAAAGAGUAGCAGCUUGGAUGACCCAUGAUGAUUUGCUUGUUCUGGCUCAGAACUGUCCAAAUUUGACAGAGCUCUGCUUGGUUGGCUGUAAACGUCUCAGUUCAGAAAGAAUGUCAUAUAUUGUAGAUUUUUUUCUCUUUCUUCUAUAUGAAGAAAAUCACUCAGAAGGCCACCAAGGAGUUGCAGACCGCUUCAUACAAUCAUGUAUAAGUACAGUGGAUAUGCUGUACGCCCUGCAAGCUAUUGCUCUGUGCUUUCACUCCUGCAUCUGUUAUUACAAGAGCUUGAUAUAUCUGCAUCUGGAGGAUUGUGGCGAAGUAACAGGGCAUGGAGUUUCUUCUCUCUUUGAUUGUGUAGCUCUUGAAGUCUUCUUCCUGCGUCAUAAUGGCCCAGGUAUACAGAAAAGCUUCAUUCUGGAUGCGGUUUCUGAGCUACCUAUGCUUAGGCAGCUAUCGCUGGAUACAUGCGAUGCAAGGGAAGGUUCCUUCGACAUUCCAAAAUGUGAAGAGAGGCACUCAAUUAGUGCUAUCAAGAUAUCGAGAUGCAAACUUCAGAUAAGAUCCCUGGACAUCCAGUUCGUGAAACCCCGUAGAAGGCCAGUGCACUGGGAUACUUUACUGCUUCUGCGGAAUUGCAGAGAUCUAACGAGAACAGUCGUGAAAGAGAGGCUGUAGCUUUUGAGCCAACUCGGUAUAAGCUGCACGAUGUCUUCUAUUAUCGCUUUCCAUCUGGUGAAUCACAUUGAACUUUGUAAUACGUAUUUCUGAAUUGUCAUGUGGUCCUGUGCUGAGAUUAGCCAAAUUUUGUGGCUCAGCUUGAUCAUAGAGAUCAAUACGACUAAUGAUAAACGAGCAUGCACUUGUUUAUGAUACAAUUUUUCUUUUGUCGAGAGUCGAGAUUCGGGCUGAUCUCCAUUGCUUAUUUGCAAAUCGAAAUGCCGCGAAGUACAUUAUGAAGGUCUGAUCCUAAAGCCCGAGCUUGAAUUGGAUCUCGCCGUGCUGGGCCUGAUGAUGUUGGCAUUAAUUCAAUCAAGUAGACGAAGUUUGUACAGCACUCAUCCACGACCAGGCAGUUAUAUGAUUAGUAACUCAUUUUAUUUA